CAGAAAGAAGAAAUCAAUUUGGCCACGAAUCUCCCGCCUCUGUCGCUCUCUCACUUCUUCUCACCCUUUAAUAGCUAGUGCCGAGUGCAGUGUGCGUUGAACAACCACCACCACAUCUGAUAAUGGCAAAUGCGAUCACAUUUUUCAAGCUCAACACCGGCGCUAAGUUCCCUUCGGUGGGUCUUGGAACAUGGCAAGCUUCUCCUGGCCUCGUCGGUGAUGCAGUCGCCGCGGCUGUUAAGAUUGGCUAUCGUCACAUUGAUUGUGCUCAGAUCUAUGGCAACGAAAAAGAGAUUGGGGCAGUUCUGAAAAAAUUGUUUGAAGACAGAGUAGUGAAACGCGAGGAUUUGUUCAUCACCUCCAAACUCUGGUGUACUGAUCAUGACCCUCAAGAUGUCCCGGAGGCAUUGAACAGAACUCUCAAGGAUCUGCAGCUUGAAUACGUCGAUCUUUAUCUGAUACACUGGCCUGCACGGAUAAAGAAAGGUUCUGUUGGAAUAAAGCCAGAGAACCUUUUGCCUGUAGAUAUUCCUAGUACAUGGAAAGCGAUGGAAGCACUAUACGAUUCGGGCAAGGCACGAGCCAUAGGUGUAAGCAAUUUCUCUACCAAGAAACUAGCUGAUCUCUUGGAGUUAGCUCGUGUUCCUCCUGCUGUUAAUCAGGUCGAAUGUCAUCCUUCUUGGCGACAAACUAAGCUACAAGAAUUCUGCAAAUCCAAAGGGGUUCACCUAAGUGCAUACUCGCCAUUAGGUUCUCCAGGGACAACAUGGCUGAAGAGCGAUGUUUUGAAGAACCCGAUACUGAAUAUGGUUGCGGAAAAACUCGGAAAGAGUCCUGCGCAAGUCGCCCUUCGUUGGGGACUCCAAAUGGGUCACAGUGUGCUUCCCAAGAGUACAAAUGAAGGAAGGAUCAAAGAGAACUUUAAUGUUUUCGACUGGUCAAUACCCGAUUACAUGUUCGCUAAGUUUGCUGAGAUUGAACAGGCUAGGUUAGUCACUGGUUCCUUCCUUGUUCAUGAGACACUAAGCCCUUACAAGUCUAUUGAAGAAUUAUGGGAUGGCGAGAUAUGAUUUUUAGCUGAUCUAAAUAAUGGGAGCUAGGUUUCUCUCUCUGAUGAACUAGUCAGUAUCUUUUUUUUUUUAAUGAAUGUUAAAUUUAUUCAACCAGAAAAAACCUUCUUUACAUUAUAUGCAACUUUGAGUAGAACAUGAAACUGUAUUGUGCUUGUCAGUUUCUUAUGGAUGUUAUUUAUUUACAAAGUUUUUUUUUAUAGAAAAAGGAUCUAUUUAUACAAUUGCAAUGUAUUAUAGUCAUUUCAAAUCGAAAAUGUGUUGUUUGCAUAUGUCUGUGAACAUACCAAUAUUCACAUUGCAUUAGAGCUAAAAAGUCCGA